UCAAUUUAAAUAUCAAUCGUAAUCAUUACUUUAUCACAACGACAUUUGAUAAAUUGAAAAACUAUUCGAAAUGAUUAAAUUCUAUUUUCUAUUUUGUUCAUUCUAUAUCGUUUCAGUAUGGAUGUUACCAGUGUCCGAAUUGGCCGGCAUGCAUCAAUUGGACGAAGGAAUGAUUAACGUCGAUGAUAAUAAACCAACUAAUUUGACCAUUUGUGUGGAUAAAAAAGAUGGUACAUUGCUUGGUGACGAACAUGAUCGUACAUUAUUUUAUGAAUGUUCAAAUGGUUUGGCAUUUCCAUUCCAUUGUCCAUCGAAUUUGAUUUUCGAUGAAACACGUGGUGUUUGUAUAUUUGAUCCAAAUUCUCCAACAAAACGACCACCAAAUCAUGGUAAUUCUACAUACAAUUGUACCGGUAAAGAGGACGGUUUCUAUCCGGAUGAAAAUGAUGCUACAAAAUUUCAUGAAUGCGUUAAUGGUUAUCCAUAUGAUUUUAAAUGUCCACCAAACACCAUAUAUGAUGUAAAACGAAAAGUCUGUGCAUAUAAAUCGAUUGAACGACCAAAAGAAGAAAAUGAACAACCACAACCUCAACCUCAACAACAACAACAUCGAGCAGUGCGCGAUGUAAUUGAAUCAACAACGGCAGAAAUAAAGGAAGAAUUACCAACUGAACAAUCUGUACGACGACAUCGUCGUAAUGAUGAACAACAGCAACAACAACAUCAUCAUCAUCAAUUGGAAGAAUUUGCUAAAGAAAAAAAUAUUGAUCUUCAUAUUAUCGAAACAACCACACAGGAAAAUUUCGAUGUAUGGAUUGACUGAUUGAUUGAUUGAUUGAUUAAAUGAGAUCAAUACAAAUAAAAUCGAUUUUGAAAUUAAA